AUAUUACUAAAAACAACAAAAUUGUUGCAAUUUUUUUUUGGUUGCAUUCAAUUGAAGUGUUUUCGCAAGUAUUUAGUGACUCAUCUCAAGGCUUACCGUCUGUUUGUGUUUUUAAGAGACAAAUCAGUGAUUGAUUUUGGAGACCGAAGAAGUUGUAACCGAAACACACACACAAAAAGUUGUGACAAUUGAUUGGUUUCGUAUUAAUCAUAGGCUGUUGUCGUCGACACAAUGCCAACCAUUUCGGACAUAAAAAGUGGCGAAAGUAGUGUCAACUCAUUGACACCACUGUUGCGAAGUCAGGCUCAAGAAGCGGGUCAGCAAUUCAAUUACAUGAGCAUCGCAUCCAACGACUUUACCGCUUCGGGAUCAUCAGUUCGCCGACCAUUUCAUUAUCCUCCUGAUCAACAAAAUGUUGGCCAACUCGCCUAUGGUAAUCACAACUCGUGUGAGGCCAGUGUUACAUACAAUAGAUACCGUUAUUACAGCCGUUUGUCGGGCGUCCACACGGGUGCGGGUAUGAGUGACUCAAAUCGGCUACAAAUACCAGACCAUGUGAUUCCCUGGUAUUUCUAUAUACCGCGCAUUGCCAUUGCGGCCGAAACUACCGGCAAUAAAGGUCUAAAACAGAGCAGUUUUGUGACCAUAUUUGCCAUUUGGAAUAUACUGAUGGGAACCUCCUUAUUAUGUCUUCCCUGGGCUCUACACAGAGCCGGCCUAUUAUGCGGUCUGCUAUUGUUGGUCAUAAUGACCGGCCUGUGCUUCUAUACGGCAAACAUAAUCAUAUCGAUACCACAUAUGGUCAAACUCAAUGUCAUCGAGUUUUCCGAUGCCGUUCAUCACCUUUUAGGACGUUUCGCUCAUAUACUAUCUCUGUGCGCAUCAUUAAUAACAUUAAUCGGUGGAUGUAUUGUCUAUUGGGUACUAAUGAGUAACUUCUUAGAGCACAUCAUAACGUUUGUCUAUCAAGUUAUUGAACAAAACGAAACGAUAUCGACAAAUAUGUCAGAAGUGGUCUGCAAUGAAGAUAAAAAUGUAAAUAUAAUUCAUAUUAUCCCUCAAAACAGUGCAUCAAGUGAUGACAACGUGUUCUUCAAUGAUUUGAGUCGAGUCGUGCCAUUCCUGUUGGCAGUACUGAUGGCACCAAUUAUUAGUCUAAAAUCAGCCAAUUUUUUCAUGAAAUUCAAUGUCGUGGGAAGUGUUUCGGUGAUAUAUCUGUUAAUGUUUGCCGCCUACAAGUCAUUCAAAUGGGGACCACUUAAUGUUGAAUUCACUGAUACUUCAAGCAUUCAUUAUACGAAACUAUUCGAUUGGAACUUUUCGGUGAUGUCCGGCAUAUUGUGUUUAGCCCUAUUCGUACACAACUGUGUAAUAUCGUUGUUGAGGACAAACCGAAACCAACAGAACAAUCGGCGAGAUCUGGGAAUUGCCUACUUAUUGGUCUCUCUUACCUAUCUAUUGAUAGCUUCGUUUAUUUAUAUAGGUUUUCCUAUCGAUAAAAAUUGUCUAAAAGACAACUUUUUAGAUAACUUUCAAAGUAAUGAUAUUCUGGCGUUCAUUACGCGUGCAUUUCUAUUGCUACAAGUGUUCAGUCUUUAUCCACUAUUGGUUCUUAUGCUGCGAAUCCAAGUCAUGCAUCUACUCAUACCAAAUACAAGUGCCAGUUAUCUACACAUACUGUUUCUCAAUGUUGUCCUAAUCUCAGUUUGUGUAUCGUUUGCACUGUUUUAUCCACAUAUCGGCACAAUUAUCCGAUAUUGUGGCAGUUUUUCGGCAUUAGUCUACAUUUUCAGCCUUCCGCCACUCGCCUAUAUAAAGGCUAAACGUAUGAGAGGUGAACCCAUUCCUCUAAUACAAUCUCUAUGUCUUUACCUAAUUAUUAUUAUUGGUUUUCUUAAUUUUUUUGCACAAUUUAUUGUUGCUUAA